AUGAGGAAGGCAGUCAUUAAUCGGGCAGAUCAAUCCUUCCUUUCUGACAGAAACAGGGCCGGCAGAUCAGUCUAUCUUGGAUGGUUGAACUGCAGGAAGAUUGGCAAUUUGGCAUCAGCAACAGUUCCUGUGGACGCCUGCUGAUGAUGCGAUGGCCAUGGCUGAUGGCCCGGCAUGUUCUCUGCAAUGCAAAUAACCUAGCCUACGUGGAACUCAAUUACGCCGCCGGCAAUGGCAAGCGAGCCGAGCCAUGGACUGCACCACCACGCAUGCAUCUCAAUCUCAACGCAACAAAUCAGAUCUGUCUCAUGGCUCAUGGCAUCACAUGUCUGUCGUCUGGUCGAUCUGGUUCGGAUUAAUGCCGAGCUACCUACCAAGCUAGGUGAAGUCCGAUCAACAGCUCGCAUCGAGCUUACCUCACCUGAAUCAUGGCAGCAAUAGGCACUGCAGGUCAAACCUGCCAGUUGGCAUGAUCAGAUGAUGAAAUCAAGCUCACCUACUUGCAACUCCCAGUUUCCCAGAGGCCAGAGUAUAUGUUGUACAAGUAUUUUAAGCCCGGCAUGUUUGUCUUACUCUCUCUGCUCCUGCAAUGCAAGACGUGUAUAUUGACACUAAAAUUUCUUUAUACUACAAAUUGGAGCCUGCAGAACCUUCUUGAAUGUUUCUUGCAAGGAAGUGCCUCUUAUUUUAAUAGCUCCGGUUAGCAUCUCAGUUCUCAUGUCAUGCAUGAGCAGACUUGUACCUUGUCUCUGGUUAGUAUCCCUUCCAUCCCUUUCUCCUCCAUGGGAGCACUUCUCCCUCUUCUCUCUCUACUCUGCAGCCUCACAUUACUCCUCCAAGUGCAUUGUAAUUACCAGGUGCAGAGCCUGCGACGUUCACCAUAACCAACAGCUGCGACUACACGAUGUGGCCGGGCAUCCUCUCCAACGCCGGUGUUUCGCCACCGUCCACCACCGGCUUCGUGCUCCCCUCGGGCCAGUCCCUCACGGUCACCGUCGCCUCCACGUGGUCCGGCCGUAUCUGGGGCCGCACGCUCUGCGUCACGGAUUCCUCCGGCAGCUUCGCCUGCGCCACGGGCGACUGCGGCUCGGGUGCCGUCGAGUGCUCCGGCAGCGGCGCCGCUCCUCCGGCUACCCUGGCCGAGUUCACGCUCGCCGGCGGCACCGGCGGGAACGACUUCUACGACGUCAGCCUCGUCGACGGCUUCAACAUGCCGAUGCUCGUGGCGCCGCAGGUGCCGUCGGCGACCAACGGUAGCUGCCAGGCCACGGGCUGCCCCGCGGACCUGAACAAGGCGUGCCCCGCGGACCUCCGCGUGGCGUCUUCCGACGGCGGCGCGGCGGCGGUGGCGUGCAGGAGUGCGUGCGAGGCGUUCCGGGAGGCGCGGUACUGCUGCAGCGGCGCGUACGGGUCGCCGGCGACGUGCGCGCCCACGUCGUACUCGCUUUUCUUCAAGGCGGCGUGCCCGAGCGCGUACAGCUACGCGUACGACGACGCGACGUCGACGUUCACCUGCGCGGCGGCCGGCGGCGGCUACGACGUCGUGUUCUGCCCCAGCACGUCCAGCCAAAAAUCUGGCGGGAAUGCCGAGGCACCCAGCAACCCAACAAUGCCGUUCUCCGGAGAUGCGGAGCACUUGGCGAGCAGGAAGGCCGUCGCUGCCCUCCUGGUUGUCAUCGUCUCGGUGGUAUCAACUCGGCGCUGGUGAUCUCAUGCAUGCAAUGCAAACAUUCAUAGGCUUAGACGCUAGCAUGUUUUGAAGAAUUUUGGAAAGUUAGAGAAUUUUGCUUUUCAAAUAGAUCGGAACUGUAUUGUACAUUUGAGCUUUCACAAGUGACGAUGUAGAAUUGUACCGCGCGACGUCUGGCCUAAUUGCCUAAACAACAUCUCGGUCGAUCCGCCCAGAGCAGACCAAUUCGAGUCGGUUCGGUGGAAUGGAAAAGGUAAAUAGAAACUAAUGCCUA